UGGCGUGGCCAUGUACUUGCUGAAGCCGUAUGAUGCUCAGCUACAAAAUUGAGAAGACAAAAAUAAUGUACAUGUAGGCUUGAGAAGCUCAUUUAAUAGUACCUUUACUUUGACUAGCUACUUGUGACAAAGACAAACGCAUUGCAUCUAGUUGCGAGUUGUGUUUAUGAGUUGUUGUUGGUGAAUCUGAACAUGAGCAGCAGGCCAACAAACAGAAGGAAGUUUGAGCAUGUCACUCCUUCUCUUCUUAUCCCAGAUCACUUUGUCUGCAAUCAAGAAACAAGAAUGGUAGUGCUGUAUGAUGAUUCCGUUGGAGAUGAGAAUGAAAGGAUUACACUACAAUUUCCAGGGGAUGUCGUGGGAAGUUCUCCACGGCAAAUUACAACAAGAAGAGUGGGAAGUCAAACCAUUGUGUUCAAUACACCAGUUUAUUCAACGAGCAGAGGUCAAGUUGAGGUUACACCGAUUCUAGAGUCCCGAAAAGGUUACAAGAUACAGUUGGGGGCGUUCAGAUUAACUUUAAAGCAUCCUCUUACAACUGCUAUGGAGCUUUGCAUGAACCUGUCCUCUAGUACUGCCGUGCUACCAGUACUAACAACUUUGAUGUUGAAUGCUAGUGGAGAAAAAACAGAGCAAUUUAAGGAUUCACAUACUGAUCGUAUGAUGACUCUCCUAGUUGGCAGCAUGAAGCCAGGGACCAGUUGCACUAUCCAGGAUAUCCUUCUACCGGAUAAGAAGUGGAAAAAGAAAAACUUAACAGAUCUUGCUCAAAAGUUUAAUCUAAGAAGCAUGGAAAAAGAAGCCUAUGCAUUUGCCGCUCAACGCAGGCGACCAAGAAAAAAUGAAACAACGAAAAAACGAAAUGAGGAAGUAGUAAGAGCAUUAGACUCAAGCCCUAACCUUGAUGCAGUGGAGGAUGAAGAAGAGGCUGUGAUAACUGCCUCGUUUUCAAGCCCGGCUAUUAAUACUGUGGGUCUGGACGAAACCGCUGAGUUGGAGCCAGUUGACGUUGAUAGAGUGUCAAUGUGGAACCAAAUGAAAAACGAUGUGAAACGCGUUUACGUUGUCAAACAGGAUUUUUACACACAAGAACCAGGAAAGAUUAGCUUGAAAAUUGGUCAAAAGGUUUACGUUGUCACUAGCCACUCACGUGAAGCUGGUUGGUGGUAUGGAGCAAGUGAUGGAAAGCACGGCUUGUUUCCUGCUGUAUGUGUGGAGGCAACCUACCAAACACAAGAGAAUACCAGACGAAUGCUACCUCUUCCUCCACUGCCGAGAAAAACACCUUUCUCAGCGACAGAUAAGAGAUUGUCUCUGCCCUUCAAAAAGCCUGGAUCUUUCCAACAACCUGCAAUACCACAAAAAAAGGUGGCACCGGUGUUAAUCCCUUCAAAAGCCUACAAAAGAUCGCCUAACAUUGGUCUAUCACCAUCCUCAAUAAGUUCAAAUAAAGCAGACAGCGAGGAUUUUUUGUUCACCAAUGAAUCUGGAGAAUAUGUGGACAUGGUCGCUGCACGUGAACAAGACUCGACUGACUCUGAGAGUGAGAAUGAUUCAAAUGCCGAGGAUCAGCAAACUGCCUUUCAUGGCACAAGGCAGCCUAUUCCCCUUCCUUCGCGAGCUACUAAUAGGAUUGCUCUUCCAGUUCCUCCAGCCAAAACAACCUCUGUGAAGUAUUCGUAUGAGGAGUGUACAGAAAGUGAAAGUGAAAGUAGUCAACCAGAAGAUGAAGAUGACUCUGAUGAUGACAAAUUAGACUACGUAAAUCUCAAUGAACAAGGGUUCCCACUGACAGGUGCAGAGCUUAAAAAGAAAUUAACAAAAUACGAGAACUUCAAUCCACUCAGUUUUGACUUGGUACAAGGACACAUGUACGAUUUACCGGAUCAACUCAGUCCAGAAAAGCAAACUUCUCCACACACAGAGACCUUACACCCCACUCAAUAUCCAGCGGCAAAGACACCGAUAUGGCCGUCUGAUCACCAUCCAGAAUCGGAGGCAAGGAGCCAGAGCCUAUUUAACAACCAAAGAAAGACCCAUGAGAAUGUCGUGCUCUCACCAACGAAGCUAAAGAUCCCACCAGUUCCACCUCCAAAGAUCGCACCAGUUCCACCUCCAAAGCCAACUGGACAAGCGGGGUCUCCAAACACCUCAAGGACUAAAUCAGUUUCAGCACGAGUGAACUGGCUAAAGCAAGAGCUCCAGACAACAAGCAAACCAACAAUAUUUGCAAAUGAGGAACACAACCAUAGAUAAAAACAUGCACAAUUAUUUACUUUUUAAUUCGCAAAUCAGAUUACAAUAAA